CUGGUGCUGGUGCUGGUGAAGAAGAGGAAGAAGAAGAGGAAGAAGAAAACGACGGAUGGUGUGGUGGGGGUAACUCUUCUCUACUCCCCAGAACUGGCGUUAGUGGGGGAGUGAAGAAGAAAAGCGAGACGGAAGUACAGGAAGAGGAAGAGGACCACCGCGAAAGAGACGGCGAGACAGGCUGAGAAACAGAGAAAGAGAGAGAGAGAGGGUGACUGGGGUGGGGGAAGAAAGAGGGGAGCAGACGGAACCGGAAGUCAGUGCUCUUCUUCCGUGUCUUCCUCGAAUCGCGAUCGGCCCUUUUUCGCGAUCUGAAAGACGUGUCUUCUCCGACGAAAAGGUAUCUUCGAUCGCUCCCAGGCCCACCUUCGGCACACGAUACGAUACGAUCAUGAAGAUCAAGCGUGCACAGCAAUGGUCCUCACCGUCGCCGCGUAAUCUCGAAGAGGUAUCUUCGCUUCGUAAGACGUGUCGGGAAACGCGACGCCAAGAAUAGUUCUCAGGGAGACGCUCUCUCUUUCUCGUUCUCCCCUCCCCCUCUCUCUCUCCUUCUCAAAACGACCCAAGAAGGAUGAGGAGUUCCGCACGUGCCGAGCAGGUCCUUGCAACGUAAAGUGUCGCGACCUCGUGCCCCUCUUCCGAUGCCUCCGUGUCGACAACGACCCUGAAGAGAGACCCAGUUCGUGAAACUGCGGAAACGUUACAUCGAAUCGACGCGCUUUUCCGGAAAACCCGUUCCCUCGAGAGAUGAUCGUCGGAAUGUUGAAUCUCUCCGGACGAGCCGAUAAGGGAAUCGCGAGGUUGUAGAGGGGACAGUGCGUCAGCUGCGCGUGCUAAUAUUCGGCCACGAGGUGCACUUGGACUCGAGGACACAUACGACCGGUGAACUCGCCGCGGACGGUUCGAUUUCGCGCUCGUUGGCGCGCCGGCUGAAAGAUCACGAGCUCCACCGCCGUCGCGAUCUCUCUUCACCGAAGAGUUCCUCGUCCUCAGUGCGACACAGCGGACCAGAAGAGGAAGAGACGAUCGGUGAACUUCGAGUGCGCUACCGAGGUGCGGAGGGGAUGGAGAUGCGCCCCGUUCUCGUGGCGAUCUGCCUCCUCCUCGUCACCCCCAUCACCGGCUCUUUCUGGACGGUAGGAAGCCAGGUGGUGAUGGAUCCCAUGCUCGUCUGCAAGAAGACGAGGAGGCUGAAGGGGAAGCUCGCCGAUAUCUGUCGCAAAGAGCCGUCCUUACUGAAGGAGAUCGCGAAGGGCGUCCAAUUCGGCACCAAGGAAUGUCAGUAUCAAUUCCGAAAUCGCAGGUGGAACUGCACGACCGUCAGGAGAUCCCUCAAGAAGAUCUUGCUGCGCGAUACGCGGGAGACGGGUUUCGUGAACGCCAUCACUGCCGCCGGAGUUACUUUCGCGGUUACCAGGGCCUGCACUAUGGGUGACCUCGUGGAAUGCUCCUGCGAUAAGAUGACGAAGGGUAAUCGUCUGGCAAAAUUUGCGCGUACGGCGGAGGCGAAGAAAAGUUUGCCAACGGAGGGAGACUGGGAGUGGGGAGGAUGCGGCGAUAACGUGAACUUCGGCUUCAAGAAGUCGCGGGACUUUAUGGAUGCGCCUUAUCGGAAGCGAAGCGACAUCAAGACGUUAGUGAAGCUUCAUAACAACGAUGCCGGCAGACUGGCCGUACGGAACUUCAUGCGGACCGAGUGCAAGUGCCACGGUCUCUCGGGCUCGUGCACGAUGCGUACUUGUUGGCGCAAGAUGCCGACGUUCCGGGAGGUCGGCAACCGCCUGAAGGAGUCCUUCGACGGCGCGGCCAAGGUCAUUCCCAGCAACGACGGCCACAGCUUCAUCACCGAGGGUCCCACGAUCAAGCCGCCCGGCAGAUUCGACCUCAUCUACAGCGAGGACUCGCCGGACUUCUGCAAGGCGAAUCGGAAGACCGGCUCGUUGGGCACGACCGGUCGCCAGUGCAACGCGACUAGUCCCGGGGUCGACGGCUGUGAGCUCCUCUGCUGCGGCAGGGGCUACGACACGAAAAUCAUCAAGGACAAGAUCAACUGCGGCUGCAGGUUCCACUGGUGCUGCGAGGUCACGUGUAACACGUGCCUCGUCAAGAAGACCGUCCACAGUUGCCGUUAACACGACCACGUAAGUGGGCGAACUCUUAGUGUAUCGAUCUGCACGACACGCGAUCUGCGUCGAGGAUUGGAUUCACGAGGUGGAUCUCUGCGAGUGUUAGAGGAGAGAGACCUAGGGUGAAUAAUGCCGAUGGAAAUGAUCGAUGUUCUUUCUUGCGCAAGUGAUAUUAUAAGACGGAAAGUCCAAGUGGCUGAAGGGCGAAAAGCUUGAAAGACGCGUCUUCUUUGCCCUCAACGACAAGAAGGGAUGACUUGCGAUCGAUACUUUCGUCUGUCCAUUUGAUAUUAAUGAUAUCGAACGCUAUUAUUUCUCCCAUUUAUUGUUACAAUCAGGUCGUUUGAUAUACUUCCACGCAUAUCGACUCAAGCUAGGCAUACAUCGAGUAGCGAACAAACGAACGAAUGAACGGUGUGAUUUAUUUGCGCCCACUUUGCGUACAAAUUUCCUUUAAUAAGCCGCAUCAUGAAGGAAUCGACUCGAAUUAAGGCGUUUUGCUCGAAUUCGUUAAGGCAUUAAGCUUUUAAAUCGUACAACGGAAGUUUGCAUCCGUUGUUCGUUCGCUCGCUAUCUACUCAGCUUAAUAUGCAAAGCACGGUUGAUUGUCGAUCGCAAUUGAAACUAUGUUGAACGUUGGCGGUUAACGCAAUUAGAAAAGAAAAACUUGUCCAACGUUGUCGGUGACCAAGCGCCCUUUCUCUUGGCGCGAUCGUGAUAACGUUCUCUGUUACGUAUAAUAACGCGUCUGUGUAUAAUAUAUCAAUCUCUAAGAUACAGCUUGAUAGUAUAGGAUAUUCGACGACGAGUGUCCGAGUGACAUGUGAUUUACGAUUUUCUCGCGAGUGCACGGGUCUGGAGUAGGUCUAGGUUGCUGAGGAGAUUUACGUAAGGUCUCCGACGAACAAUCCAUCGCGCGCGAGGAGCGAGAUCGAGAACAGUCGUCAGUAGUGCAUGCGCGAGCCAAGUCAGACGCGCGACGCGACCGUACGCGACUCGUCUCGUGUUUCACGAGAGACAGCUCGUGUGUCUUUGACUGUUUCUGCACGAUCCGGGGAAAUAGUCCUCACAUUUUACGAAAGCAAAUUUCUUGAUUACGCGCAAUGUGCGAUGCACCUUUGUGCGUCCCGUAAUAAAAAUUACGGCGCGAUGUUUGCUCGCAAGUCUUACGGCUGUCACGGCAGUCCGCGGAUUUGUGGUCCGAGCUUUUUACUGUUACGAUAUGAUCGGGCCGGUUCUAGAUUCUCUUCGUCUCGAAGCCUCCCCGAGUUAACAACGGAUAAAAAGAGUAACGUAACGACGAUGUGACUUGAGUAUGUUUCGUUCCAACUGGCUGUAGCACAAGCCAAUAACAUUAGCCAACGCAACCACUCUCGACAGUCGGGAAAAUAGCGUUAAGGAAUCUUGUCCGCGAAAAUUGUAGUAAGAGAGAAGAAUCUAUUUUUUUUUAUAUUUAUUUCUCUAAGAGAGGUUGCAAUCAACUUCGGGUAUGCUCGAACGAGUCGUUCCGGGGCGGAAUCUGGGACGAGGUCACUCUUCUGCUACGUAGAACCGAUCCCGGGUAUGUAGGAUAGUUGUUGUUAUCAGGAUCGCCGGCGCCGCGCGAGGCGAUCGACUUUAUUAAUCCGGGCGUCGAAGCUUUCCACGUAUCUCCAGUGCUCGUAAUAACUUUAAGCCGUACGUAUAGAUCGUAUGAUGAUUUUACGCAAAGCACUCUUGUUUGAGGCGUCGCCUAACGUGCCGGCAUAAGUUCGCAUAAUAACGUCCGGCGAAUUGCUUCUUCGCUUUUAAAACGCCGCGAGGUCGGACUGCCGAAGCGAAGUCCCGAUUAAUUGCCAUUUGCGGUCAGAUUAUAAUUUAUAACGAUAUCAGUGUGGAAAAGCUUAACGUGAUGUCACACACGUAGAAUUGAGUCUCGGUGUUGGACUUUAAGUCGACUUUAAGAUUAUCUUCGACUAAAACAAUCGACAAAUCAGUCAUCAGAAUUAAUCACGAAUAAUUCGAUUGAUUGAUGAAGUUAAUUAGCAAUCAAUAAUCAAUCAUAUUAUAGUCAAUUAUUGACUAAAAAUUGAUUUCACCAGUCGAUGAAAUUACACUUGUGAUUUCAUAUAUGACGAUUGAUUAAUUUCGAUUAGUGACUUGCCGAUUAUUCUGGUCGAAGAAAAUUUUCAUCGAUCAACCCUCGACACUUUUCUUCACUAGCAACGCGUUUCCGUCGACCAGACAUCCCAAAUCCUUCCAGGCGUCUCGGGACUACGCUUUGCGCGCGCGUAUCCGAUUAUGUUGCUUUUGCCCUCGCGUGACAUAAGCUUUGUGCCAUACUUUGUGAUUCGAUCGAUCGACGCUUUGGUCACGCGUGCGCUGCCCGCCAAAGGAGAAGCGCACGCGAGGUUCCUUCGUUUCAAUCGCUCCUUAUCGGUCCUCAAGUCUUACCGCGUUUCACAGGACUCUCUCUCUCUCUCUCUCUCUCUCUCUCUCCUUCUCCCUCCCUUCAUCUCUCUCUCUCUCUCUCUCUCUCU